AUGUUUAAGCUGAACGUUAGGGUCCGGAGGGUGUGGGAUCGUCUGUUCCGAUGCAAUGCGCUGGCUAUUUGCAUAAUUGUGGCGAUGGUGGUGACCGGGGCCGUGGUAAUACCGCAGUUUGUCGCUGAAACACAUGGAUAUGGCUGGCCGAAGUUCUCUGAUGAGGAUAUCACGACGGACCGGGACGGUCCGUUCUUCAGAGGAUGCGUAGACACCGAGCGGUACCUGAAAGACGAGCAGUACACGAAGAUGAACGCUACGUUUGUGAUGCUGACGAGGAACGAAGAGAGCGAGGACGUUGCAAAGACUAUCAGGAGCAUAGAGAGCCACUUCAACCAGUGGUUUCAGUAUCCGUACGUUUUCUUGAACGACGUGCCGUUUACCCAGGAGUUCAAAGACAAGAUCCAGAGGUUAAGUCGAGCGCCGAUGCAGUUUGGUACUGUGGAUAAACUGGAUUGGGAGUUCCCCGAGCAGGUGAGAAACUCGUUUGCGUUCCAAAACGCCUUGAGAGAUCAGGCUGACCGCGGGAUCCUAUACGGGGGCGAGGAGUCCUACCACAAGAUGUGCCGGUUCUAUUCUGGUUUGUUUUACAAGCAUCCGUUGGUCCAACAGUUCGAGUGGUACUGGAGACUGGAGCCGGACGUGGAGUUCUUCUGUGACUUGACGUACGACCCGUUCCUGGAGAUGGCCCGAAGCGACAAGCGGUACGGGUUCACAAUAGUGCUUCCAGAGCUGUACUGGACGGUGCCGAACCUGUUCCGAUACACCCGGAGUUUCAUUCGGGAGAACAAGCUCAAAUUGGGGUCCCUAUGGCGGCUGUUCACUAACAACUACAGGAUUCUCGAGACCGACGACGAGGUGCUCGCCAGCAGAGUCAAUUAUGGGAGCGACGUGGACCACAAGCUCUCCGAGAAGGUCGCCAUCGAGCACAUGCUCGCGUCUGGUAACAGCGAAGAGGAAAUGGGGCUGCGGUACCUGGUAGGCCGCUCUCAGGCAAAGAUCCCGCUGUUCGAGGACAAGUUCGACGACGAGGAGUACAACCUGUGCCACUUCUGGAGCAAUUUCGAGAUCGCCCGCCUGGACGUCUUCGACAACGAGAUCUACGACUCCUACUUCCGCUACCUGGAGCAGAAGGGCGGCUUCUGGCGCGAGAGAUGGGGCGACGCCCCCGUGCACUCGCUGGGCCUUGGCAUGACGCUCAACGUCGAGGACGUGCACUACUUCCGGGACAUCGGCUACCGACACUCGGUCAUCCAGCACUGUCCCAAGAACUGGAACGGCGUCGAGUCCGGCACGAAAGUCGCCCAAGCCCAGCUGCCCUACUUCGAGGCUGACCCGCGCGCCAAGCGCAACCCGCUGUGGCACCGCUACAACAAGGGCGUCGACAACGGCUGCGGCUGCCGCUGCCGUUGCGACACCUGGAAGACAGACAUAGAAGACACAGCGUACUACUGCAUGGAGCGCUGGACCGACCUGCAGCUCGCGUCCGACGCUGACCUCGCCCGCGGCGGCCACUACGCCGCCAUCGCGAGCGCCAACGACGUCGAGUCCCGCGUCAGAGAUGACUACUUGGCACAGCUGCUCCAGGAGCCUUCCUGA